CAGAACGGGGAUGGCUGUGCUGCCACUUUCUGAUCCUCCCUCUUACCUGUGGUUUUCCCUUGCAGGGCCGAGUUCUGUACCUGGGUCCAGGUCUGUGUGGGAGUCUCCUCCUUGCGCAAAGCUGCUCACCCUGCAAGAGGCACAAGCUCUGAGAAGAGGCCAGAGCAGCUCUCCUGCAGUGAAACGAAGCAGUGAGAUCGAAGUGGAGGAAGGCCCUGCAGCUGUACCAGGGAGAUUCCACACAAUCAUUGAUUUUCCAUCUGAAAGACCAAGUUCUCCCAGAAAGAGGAAGGAAUCACCAGCUGGCAGUUGGUGUUCCUGCCUCUGCCUGUGCAGACCAUCCCCUGUGGCCAAAUGCCAACUGCAGCGCAGUGCCAGGGAGCCUUCUGAAACAGAACUCGUGGUCCUGGCAGGUGAAUCGAGUCCUUGUGAAUCCAGAAUAGCCAGGUCAAUUGCUGAUGGCUCAGAGAAUGCUUCCAUAAACAGAGAGCUCAUGGGAAGCACAAGUCGCUGCAAUUCAAAUGACAGCCUUCCAUGUGACAGCAGCGAUGGAGAGAAGGAGGUCAUCAUUGUUCAAACAAUCAUUUCUCCCAGCUCUGCAGAAGGGGAUGCCCUGAGCCUGCCAGAAACCACAGACACCAGCCUGGACUGUGACCCGAUGCCUUCACAGUGCAGCCCAGUUCAAUCACAGCCAGAGUGCCUUGACAGCGGCACCUCCAAUCAGGAUGAAGUCACUGUCACUGAGGAGGAGCCAAGCCUCUUGCAGGGGGACUUGGAGUCAGACCUCCAGUCCCAGGCACCAGGCAGCAGCACGAGCUCCAAGCCACCCUCUCCUCAACAACAGAGGAUGAGUCCCAUCGUUCCCAUGGACCUCUCACAUUCUUCUUUCUCCGAGUGACUAAAGGCACACUCAUGCUCAAUCAAUAGGAUGGGGUUUUGGAAGAAGAAAUGCUUAGAAGAGAAAAUUUCCUGUGUUCAUUUUAAAAUAUGGCAUUUUUAAAAAGACAAGAAGAUAGAAUAAGCAGAUGUUGACAGAUAAAGGGCACCUCAUCAAAUUUUGGGAAAGUCCAUCUUGAGGAAACUUGGAUAAGAGCAGAAAAUAACUGUUUAUGGAUAUACCCAAUCACUAAAAAUACCACCCUGAGUGCCAGCUCAUGGCCCCAGACCCUUUUCUUCAUUUCAAGAGCUGUCAUCACAGAGGGCAUCUUCCUGAGCUGGAGACCCUGAAGUAAAAGAAUCCUUGGUUUUCAGUUAAUCCAUGUAACUGAUUUGCCUCGGAGCUGUGAACUUCACAGUGCACUGUUGAAAAACUGGCAAAAGUUCCAUGGAAAUCCUGUUUUGAAUUCAGCAAAGUUCAUCAAAACUAUCAAGAUUCAGAGGAAAUUUUACAGGAACAACGAAUUGAUAUUUUCUCUGAAACUUCCUGGUAGAAGCACUAGAAAUGUGGACAGAAGUCUUUGUGGCAUAUGUAGGCAUCUUUUAAGACAUCAGCAUCACCUUUUGCAAAACAGAAAGAUGCGAUGAUUCAUUCACAUGAAUACAGUGUCCUAACUCCACUUUUACCUGCCAAAGGUCCUGCUACCUUCUCAACUCAGUGAAGAUUUGGUCUGCUAUCUGCCCUGAAUUGUAAUGCCAAGAAUUAGCUUAUAUUUAGCUUUUCCAGCAAUGUUCUGUUACAUUGAAACCUGCUUUUCUAUUCUUAACUAUCACCACCACCUUAUUGUGAUCAGUGGAGAUGAAAGUUUAUCCUGCGGGUUUAUUAUGCCUUGAGGAAACAAAUUACUCCCUGACACUCAACCAUCUCUCAUUUUUAAUAUCCUUAAACAAUUCUCUCACUGACUUCCUGCUGUUCAUCUUCAUGGCAUCUAGAUCAAGUUGAGACCCAUCAGAAAUUCAAAAAGGUGCCACUUAUCCUAAAGACCGGGAGGUGGGAGCUGAUUUUACAGUUCAGUGUGAAAGAACAUGAAUGAGAGGAAGCAAGUCUUGAGAAACAACUUCACCAGCUGGAGUCAAACAGGGACAUCUGGAAAGGACUGUCAAAUGCAGCUUUUUCACUUAUCGAUUCAGAUCCAAGCAUGAUAUCCAAAUGACAAACGCAAAGUGAUACUGAGGGAAAAAAAGAGAGUACUGUGGUAGAGUCAUGAAAUACUGAGACAGACACAGGGUUUUAAAAGAGAUUUUCAAUAAAAGAACUACAUAAUUUCAAGUUAUAUAUUUUUCUCAGGUUGUAUUACGUGUCUAAUGUCUGGAUUGUGGCAGCAAAGAGGCUGCAGUGUUGUUCCCUGUAGGAAGAGGCCAGUAGUUGCCCCAUGUCAGACAGAACCAUUUCAAGUGCUGGCCAAAGUUGAGUCAAGGAGUGAUGCUGCUGGCACUUCCGUGAUAACUUUUUAAAGGAAGGUUAAAACCACUGCAUAGCAUAUGUGAGAGCUAUGAGCAAGAAUGAUGUGAGACAAACAGCCCUGCAGUCACCAAGGUCAGUGAAGAAGGAGGAGAGGAGGCUUAGUGGACAUGG